CUUAUCCAUUCCUUUCAUCUUAAUUCUCUUCCGUCUCCUUCCAUAAAUCUUAUUCCAGAUCCAUUCGUUUUCUUAAUUCCACUUCCCGAAAUCGACGUUUGAAUUGGUUUUCUUCGGGUUCACAGAAGACCAUUUCGUAUCGUUAUCGGCCAUGGGUGCGUUUCACUAAGUUUUACAGGUGAAACAUGUUAAUUGGGAAGAUCUUGGAGAGUAUUUACCAGCCAAUAGUUCCAACAGAUUAUACUUGCAAAGUAAUGUUAAGUAUUCCUAAUGGUGGAAUGGCGGCGGUGGGACGGACCAGCGGCUGCUCCUCUGCGUGCGGCUGACGGUGGUUCUGGGCUGCGUGAUUGAUGGCGGAAGCGGCGAGUCUCUUACUACUGCAACUCCUGCCCGAUCUGAUCGUCGUCCCUCUAACGAACACUUCUCAACUUGGCGGCAACGAUUCUUGGCUGCCCGACGAGUCUCUCGUGACUCGCCCAGCUGCGGCUCUCCUGAUUCAAGUGCGGCAGCUCUUCGUGGAUCAACGGGGAUGGUGGUGCUCCGGCGGCAGCAGCCCAAACACAAGCUCCUGCUACUGCACAAGGGUGACUUUCCUCUCUGAUUAGUUUCUGCUGAUUGGAUUUCAGGUGUUGACGAACUAAAGCUCUGAUACCACUUGUUGGGAAUAAACGCACGCGAAAACAACACACAAUCAUGAAUCAACUGCAGAAAAGAAAACGACACAAGAUUUAACGUGGUUCGGUCGUCAAUUGCAACCUACUCCACAAGGGGCAACUAGGAAGAUUUUAUUUCAUUGUUGUUGCACCAUCAUUAGCACAUUAACAUCUCUUAAAUAGAGAUUAUUUAGGAGAGAGCAAUGUUUAAGGAAGUUUGAAGCUUCCAUGUAGUUUCCUGCCAAUUUUUUGUUGGCUUCCACCAAGCUUCCUGGCUUCACACUCAACAGAAGCAAGAGAAAAUCUUCCUUGAGGAUGGCUAUUGUUGCAACUACAGUUGCACUUGGUGGGAUUAUACUUGCAAUUGCAAUCUUAUGUCUUUUGAGAUUGAACUACUCGCCAAAAGGGAAUAUGAGAUGCAGCCUUUAAGUGCAGCAGACCCGAUUGACAUUUCCAGCAUGUCCUCCCGGUAUGAUUUUGAUACAAUUAAAGUCAUAACCAAUGAUUUUGCUUGUGAAAUUGGGAGCGGUGGAUUUGGUUGUGUAUAUAAGGGCAAGCUUCGUACUGGGGAGGAAGUGGUCGUGAAAAGGCUCUCUGAAACCUCCCAACAAGGGGUUGAAGAGUUCAUAAAUGAAGUUGAAAGCUGAAGAAGUCAUCUCAUGGAUACACGUUGGGUAUAUUUAAAAAUAAACACACACGCAAAAAGAAUUCCACAUAUAUCAAAUUAAAUUCAAUGUAUGUUUGGAUACAUAUCAUAUCAGAACACACACUUACAAAAUAUAGAAUGAAAAUGUUAUGUGGUAAAGCCUCCAUGUGGUGUUAAAAAUGCCAAGGACGUAAGCUCAGUCGUCGUCGAUGGAAGCUCAUGAAUAAUAAUAUCUCUCUCAUUGGGGCGUUGACCUUGAUAUAAUGCUGGUUAACACGGUACUGCCCAAGUACGACUUGAAUAGUUGGUGAUUAUGAAUAGAAUUUCUUGCAUUAUUGGUCUCUUGUCCGCAUUGUCUUGCACACUCAGUAACGUAGCGUGUAUCCAUGGGAUGACUUCUUCAGCUUUAUAAGAUUGGCCUAGAGCUUGAUCUACAAUUUCUAGAGCAGCUGGAUUGUUGAGUUCUAGAGAUCGUAGAACAAUUUCUAGGCCAAUCUUAUAAAGCUGAAGAAGUCAUCGCAUGGAUACACGUUGGGUUACUUAGUGUGCAACACGAUGCGGACAAGAGACCAACAAUGCAAGAAAUUCUGUUCAUGGUCACCAACUAUUCAAAUCGUACUUGGACAGUACUGUGUCAACUAGCAUUAUAUCAAUGUCAACGCCGCAAUGAAAGAGAUAUUAUUAUUCAUGAGCUUCCAUUGACGACGAUUGAGCUUACGUCUUUGGCAUUUUUAACACCACGUGGAAGCUUUACCACAUAACAUUUUUGUUCUAUAUUUUGUAAGUGUGUGUUCUGAUAUGAUUUGUAUCCAAACAUACAUUGAAUUUAAUUUGGUAUAUGUGGAAUUUUUUUGCGUGUGUGUUUAAUUUUUAUAUAUAUAUAAAUUAGAAUGAAUAAAGAACAUAGGCCAAAGUAAGACCUCGAAUUGAGAGGAGAGUUUUUGCCCUUAAGGCAUGGAUACUUUUUGGUUUACGAUAAAAAUAACUCUGAGGUAUCUCCGGUGAAGGCCACCUCGUGACACAAUACAAUAUCUGUAAUCCGUCAUAUGACACUAUAUUCCUUCUUAAUUGAAAAGCUUUAUAAAUUUUGUCAAAAUCA